UGCGUCAUCAAAACGUUUUGGACGUGGUGGUGUUCCAAAUUUCCUCUGAAAAAUUUCUGAUGUUCAGUAGAGUUGUCAAUCUAAGAAUGGCAUCUGCAUCUGUUCUUCAGCGAUUAAACCAACGUGCAAAGCAGGCAGAGUCUAUGAUUACCGACUUAAAACAACAGAUCGAAAUUCUAAGACAGAGUGCAGCUGUCACAAUAUCAAAACCUGAGGAGGAGCGUCUGAAAAUUGAAAAUCAAAAAUUACGAACUGAAGUAGAAGAACUGAAAUCUCAACUGAUAUUGGCGGAGAUAAAGAAUGGAGUAAAACAAGUUCCUCUACCUACCAAUAAAACUGUGAUUAAAGCAGAGCCACCUAAAAAGGAGAGUCCACCCCAGCCAGAGGUCAAACAAGCACCUGUUAAAACCAGCAACAAAAAACCAGAAAAGUCAGACAAAAAAGAGAAGAAGCCUACAGCUGAUGGAGAACCAAAAGCCAAGAAAGGCAAGAAUGAACCUGCAUUUGAGGGGAAGAUGGAUGUCUCUCGCUUAGACUUCAGAGUUGGGAAGAUUGUGGACGUAAAAAAACACCCUGAUGCAGACAGUCUUUAUAUAGAGGAGGUAGAUCUUGGGGAGGAGAAAAACCGCACAGUGGUGUCAGGCCUUGUCAAACAUAUUCCUAUAGAGCAGAUGCAGAAUAAAGUAGCAGUGUUUAUGUGCAAUUUAAAACCUGCCAAAAUGAGAGGUGUUCUUUCUGAAGCAAUGAUCAUGUGUGCCAGCACUCCAGAGAAGGUGGAAAUUCUGAACAUACCUCCUGGUGCUGUCAUUGGUGACAAAGUCACCUGUAAGGAAUAUCCUGGAACACCAGAUAGCCAGCUUAAUCCAAAGAAAAAAGUCUGGGAAACCCUGGCACCAGAUCUGAGGGUGAACAAAGACAAGGUGGCCACAUUUAGAGGAGACCCCCUACAGAUAGAGGGGAAGGGGGUGCUGACUGCACCCUCCCUAACGGAUGUACAGAUUAAAUGAAAAAUAUUGCUAAGUAGUAAAAUGGCCUGUGUAUUCAAGAAAAAGCCUAAAGGCAUAUAACAUAUGUUUUAAAUGAAUGACUGCUUUUUUGAUGAUUGUGAAUGGUUGAAUAUUGAACUGCAAAGAAUUAGGAGGAUUGAAAAUAAAUAUUAAAUGAAUCUGUAAACAGUC